AUGACCUCAAUUAAAGGAUGGUAUGAGAUACGUGGAAAGACUCUCUUCAUCUGGGAAGGCGUCCUUUCUCUGUACCCAACAAACUUGACAUCGUGCCAACUCUACAAAAUUCUUCAAGAUGAAAUAUUUGAAAUCCAUGUGGAAAUGACCGUCCCGAUUGAGAAAAUAGAUUCAGAUGGCUACUGGGAAUGUGUGGAGAUCAAUGGAGAGGUGUCAAAUGGAGCGCAUUUUUUGUGUCAUUCAAUGAAUACAGAGCAUGCGGAGAGGAUAUUGAAGGUACUCCCCUCCGCCAUCACCUCAAUAACAGUGCGCAUGGAUCCCAACCCCUGCAGAAAUUGGGAGAGAUCGAAAAUCAAGGAACGAAUUGUCGACUGGCAGAAGUUAAUGCAGAAAAUGUGUGAAUUUCCAGAGAACUCAAAGAUUAUAUUGGAUGGUAAUAUGUUGUCUUGA